CCUCUCCGUCUAUCCAAAUGGCACCCCCGCGAUCAAUCCCAGCUCCACCCCAGGCACAUUUGCCAAACUCUCAAGCCCCAAGAAUACCUACUCCCGCUAGCAGACCACACUUCGAAUCGCCUUCACAAAGAAGAACUCCUUCGUUACAAAUGGACCGGCAAGAAAGUUUCUAUCGCCAACAAGAUGCCCGCAUUGUUUCACCAAUAUCGCCCCCACAGAACAACUACAUUGACGACAUUCAAUAUACAGCCAGCCCAGAUCUAAACCGUGCAGUCUCUCCUGCGUUCUCGGAAGCCCAGACCCUAGUACGAGCGAAUAGCUCUGCUACAAGAGUACGAUGCGCAUCACCUCAAGAAGAGAUACCAAUGCGAUCGAUGUUCCCAGUCUACGAUCCUACUGUUCCUCUUUCACGGCAACCGUACCAACCCACUCAAGCAUCACCGACAACUCAGAUCCCACGGACGCAAAUCAGCCGAUCGCCAUACUCGUCCGAAUCGUAUGUUCCACACAGCAAUGUCCACACAAGCAGUUCGAUACCUCACCCACCACCAAAGCCUUUCUUCACUCCUUCAAAUCUGCUGGACAACAUGUGGUUAGCAACCAAUGGUCAGGAAGAGCCAGACGUGCAGAUCUAUACAUUGAGAAUGCACCGAGCAACAGCAGCGAAUCCUACGAUUACUUUUGGAACAACUCCUUCUCUCCCAUUCUAUUCCAUGGCACAAUCGAACCUUGCUGGUAACCACGAAAUACCGAGUAUCAUGAAUGAGGUCCUAAUCCAGAGGCACCAUCCUACUCAGCCGCGAGUUUUACCCAUCGCUCAGCUCGAUCUGAUUGCACCACCUUCACUGGAUAACGGAACAUUCAAUCCUGCUCAACAAGAAGAUACAACCCUCCUUACUAGUAUAUAUCCCAAACUCGCUGCUCUCCAAGCACUUGAUGCUGCGGCUAAUUCGCCGUCCGCUUCUCACCUUGCGUUGUCUGAUCCCGGUGCCCAAUCACCGGCUGCACAAAGAUUGGCUGAAGGCGUCCUUGCGGAAAGUGCCCAGCGUGAAUGCUGUGCACUUGCAUGGACAAGGGAUCACCCACAACAGCAGGCAAAUCCUUGGGCUCAGCACAUACCAUCAGAAGGUUCAUACCAGCUGCACCACCCAACGCUUGGUAAUUUCCCCAUAUCCAUUGAGGGCGAUUGUUCUGUCAUCAACAUGCCGUCGACACGACCUGUAACAGCUUUCUACGGACACAACAUGCCCAUGACCGCACAAAACAUAGCACGAAAGCCCGCUGCUAUCACCGUCCUGAAUCCAUACGUCCUUUCCCCAACAACGCCACGGACUAAUGCUUUCUCACCGCUACCGCCUCCACCACGGUUCGAUGGCGUGAUUCGCCCAACAUCCAUGACACCAUCUGAGAUGUCUGUGGGCCAACUCCCCACAACCACCGACGCUACGGCAGACGACGCCAUGCUAGCCCGUCUUGACUUCACUAAUGACGCGCUCAUCCUCAACUUUGGUGCCCUGACACGAUUCGGAAACCCAUUCCUCGUCGAUGUGGUAACAUCCACACUCCUCGCUGUUGCCGUCGCAGAAGCAACCCGCGGCCGCAAAGCCCGCAACAGGAGCCAAGAUAGCUUCGAGCCGCCACCCCCAAGUUUCACCCUGACCCACCAAAAAGAAGACACUGCGAAAGCUUUCAAGGACUCUUUUGUCGAGGGCUUCCAAGGAAUCGGUGGAACAAAGACCAAACCCCCAUUUUCCAGCAAGGGACUCAAGAAAUUCGCGUCAAGCUUGAAGAGCACAACAACUGGGACGCCGCGCAGCGAGAGUACUAGCGGAAGUUUCGAUAAAGACAUCGAGCUUGGAGAGUGGUAUGGACAGCAGGAUAAGCAUACUAAAACUAAAGAAACAAAAGCAGAGAAGAAGGCAAAGAAGGCGAAGAGCUCGCAGAAUGGUGAUGAUAAUAAACUCCCGUUUGUAGCGAGGGCUGCUAUUACCGUCUUAACGUUCGCGUUCAAGUCUGUUGUCUUUGUGCUCAAGAUUGUGAUCAAGGUUGUCGCGGGUGUGGUGGUAAUGAUUACAAGGAACGUCGGCAAGCUGUGAGUGUGCAGUUACUGCAUGAGGCUAGACCUCUUCUCUUUUUCUUCUUUUUUACAAAUUAUCUGGGAGGAUUUGGCGUUUAGGAUUUUCCUGCAUUAUACCAUUCUUUGCAUUCGCUUUUUCUGGUCUUCGAAGACUAGCUAGUAUUAGUAUCUGAGACGAAUUAAUCAUUUGAGUACCUGCAA